UAGAUGGAAGGAGUAAUAAUUUAGUAUAUCCAUCACUUCAGCAUCCAUUAGUGUUUGUUACUCUCUACUUUAUUUUCUUGAUCUCUUCAUAUUCUCUCCUUUCUGUGUUUGUGUAUCGUCAUCGUCAUCACCAGAGAGAAGGGAUUUGACAUGACAGCUGGUAGCAUGAAUUAUGUAUUACCACCAUUCUUGAGCAAGACCUACGACAUGGUAGAUGACUCAUCUACCAACUCCAUCGUUUCAUGGGGAAAUAACAACAACACCUUUAUCGUUUUGAAUUCCACCGACUUCUCCAAACACAUCUUGCCCAAAUAUUUCAAACACAACAACUUCUCCAGCUUCGUCAGACAGCUCAACACCUACGUUGUAAUUUAAGCUCGUGUGUAAAGAGAAAUUACCUUCAGGACUCAUUUCGGACUGUAAAUGCAAAGAUAUAUACAGUUUAGCUGCUCCUGUUCCAAUGAUGCUGCUGCCGCCAUCAUAGUUGUACCGUUGCUGUUACCAGGCACCAACCCCAUCCAGCAAUAUUAUCUAAGAAUUGAAGAAGAAUUGGAUAUAGGAAACGUUAGAGUUUCAUUGAAGGAGUAUUUCAAACCAGAUGCUUUUUCGCAACAUUGCGGGGAAUUUAAAACAAAAGUAUACACGGGUUUUAGAAAGGUUGACCCAGACCGCUGGGAAUUUGCACACGAAGGAUUUUUAAGGGGUCAAAAACAAUUGUUGAAGACUAUCAGUAGGAGGAAAUCUGCUCAUGCAAAUGGUAAUAGUCAAGAGUCAUCUAAGGUGCAAAACUCGUCUGUUGGGGCAUGUGUUGAAGUGGGGAAGUUUGGGCUUGAUGAGGAAGUUGAAAGACUGAAAAGGGAUAAGAAUGUUCUUAUGCAGGAACUUGUUAAGUUAAGACAACAACAACAAACGACUGAUAACCAAUUGCAAAAUGUUGGCCAACGUGUGCAAGUGAUGGAGCAGCGUCAGCAACAGAUGAUGUCUUUCCUGGCAAAGGCUAUGCAUAGUCCGGGCUUCAUGGCUCAAUUUGCACAACAGCAGAAUGAAAGUAAUAGACACGUCGCCGGAGGUAAAAAGAGGCGGCUCCAAAGGCAGGAAGAAGAUAGUUUAGCCACCAAAAGUCUCCACAAUCCUCUUGAUGGAUGUGUUGUCAAGUACCAGUCUCCAAUUAAUGAGGCUGCAAAAGCAUUGUUUAGCCAGAUGUUGCAAAUGAACAAUUCUACAAGGACGGAGUCAUCCGUUAAGAACUUUGAUACAUUCCUUAUUGAUGAUGUUCCUUCAGCCAUUCCUUUAGAUAGCAGUAGUUCGUCCACCCAGGUUUCUGGUGUAACACUUUCUGAGGUUCCACCUAUUUCUGGGCAGUCAUGUAUGGCAGUAGAAUCUCAAUUUCCUGUAAGUUGUAUGACGAAUAGCAUGUCUGAGGUACAAUCUUCACCUGCUGUGUUGACUAACUGUGUCAAAGCAGCUGAGUUUCCUGAAUUAACAGCACAUAACUGCCAAGACAAUGUUUUGGAUUUUAGUAAAGUUCAAGGGUUGGUUACAGAAAGCAGCUUCAUGAAUCCUGAUCAAAAUUUUGUGGGGUCUGUCGCCCAGAAUGAGGGGGAGUUGGAUGUGAUGUCAGCUGUUUUAGAUGGGACACAGUCUUUGGAAGCUGAUGCUUUUUCACCUGAUGUAAAUGGAAUUUCCAAACUUCCAGGAAUCAAUGAUGAAUUCUGGGAACUGUUUUUUAUGCCAAGCCCACUUACUGGAGACACUGAUGAAAUUGAAGGUAGCUCUCUAGGAUAUGAUUUGACUAAGGACCAGGAAUUGUCAUUAGAAAAGGAGAUUCAACAAGAAAAGAUGGAGAAGAAACAACAUAUGGAUCAUCUUACUCAACAGAUGGAACUUCUUGCAUCAGACUCAUCAUUGUGUAUAUAAUACAUAUAUACAUGUUUCUGGCAACUAAAGGUCUUGAUUCCCUUUAAAAGGGUUGAUUGGGAAAAAGAGGAGUGGAAGUCGGCUCAAGUAUUAUGUCUUUUAUUUUCCAAUACUUUUUGCUCAUGAUUCCUGCAGAAGUUGAUGUCCUUUGCUGCUGGACCAACAAGGCCAUGGUUUCUACCUCGACAAAUACACCUGAUAGAUACCAACACACAAAUUGAUAAAGUUAUGCUUCCUACUUCUACAAAAACACCUUGAUAGACAUCACCAAACCAAUUGUCCCCAACCCCCGUUUCAUGUUGUACUUUAUUUUGGGCCAAAAGAAAUGAAACAGUUUUAAUUUAAUUUCCUAUGUCCUUACCCUGUAUUUUGGAUUUUUACAACUCUGUGCUCUUUCUGACAAUAUAGUAUCUUAUCGGCAGUGUUCUGUAUAAUUGCA